CCGAUCACUGUGAUCAUAGCGCUGCCCAAGAGAUUCACCGGAGCUGAAAGUGAAACUGCCUUGCAUUAAGUGCUUGUCGAAGCCGGUGCAUAGCAUUAGCCUAUUACUAACUCUACCUACUAACCUUGCAUCAUCGUGUGUACUUCUUGCUGAUCUAACACUAUACUAGUCUAUAGCAGAGUGAGAGCAGUGAAGAAAGUAGACCUGUCAUCGCUCCACCUGGGACGACUGCAGCGGAUGAAAGCCCUUGAGAGAAAGGUGAUAGCGUUCGUGGCUUUCCCUUCCCUCUUUCUGUCUCUGCUCUCAAUCUAACUUCCCCAGCCACCAAGGAAACUGCGACCAAGCUAGCUGGAGGCUGCUGACACACCGAGGGAGAAUUUCUUGUUCUUGUUCCUCGUGUGGCUGUUCAUACUGCGUGUGAACUGGUGACGGCGUGACUGCCUGCAUGCAGGAAAGGAGCUCUUCACCGCUAUAGAAAUUUCUUCAGUGCACUGUCGGUGCGUCCAUUGGAGCGUGUGCCAGCGCUGGAUCCCACGCGUGCGUGUCUUUUUCGUCCUGCAUCAAUACCACCCCAGUCUCCACUAUCAACACUGGUACUGUAGAGUCCAACACGACCGACUCACUGCGCUCAGACCGUGGUCGAUCAUUGGCGAAUGAGCUAUGUGACGACGUGUGCAACUACAUGACCUGCUGCUGCACUGUGGAGAGCAAGCGACACUGCCACUGGUGUUCCUGGCGAGUCUUGCGUACAGGCCAUCGCACGGAAGACUAAACCCUUGAUCGCUAUACUAUUAGUGUCGUGGGUGCUCAUUGUUCUGGCUUGUAGUGCUGCCCCUAGAUUCUCGUUUACGCGAGACAGAUAGAGAGAGAGAAAGGCCGAGUAACGAACUGACCUGGAAGAAACGGACACAGGAAGAAGACAUUGGUUCCCGUUUGAGCCGCAAAGGCCCAAGCAUCAGCGCUGGUAGUAGUGUUGGUGUGUUCAAACAGACACUGACUGUUGCUGGUUGUGUGGAGCGCUGGCCACCUAGCCAGCUUUUCGGCGAAUCUUCAUGAGCGUAUACAGCAACAUCCUGUUGUGUGUUGACCAGCCAACAUGUGUGUGCUCUUAAUGGCGUCCGAUCGACGUGCAGUUCUUCCAACAAUGAUAGCAGGUGCGGUGCUGCUGUUGUGUUGCUUGAUGAGAUCGGAGGGCAAUACCACGCCAGGUAGAGCGUCACAGGAAAGUCGGGAAAAUGAGCCAGUAUUUACAAAGGAAGAGUCUGCACAUCGAGAUGUACAUUACCACACUCCCCCAGCCAGACAUCACGUUGUCCUGCCACGCGUUCAUCUGCCCAGAAACGAUUCUCGUGAGCAGGACUUCCCCGAAGAAGUGCACGUGAAACUGAGUGCGUUAGGACGUCAGUUCACACUGCGUCUAGAAUUGAACAGGAUUGUGGCCCCUGCCUCACAUCAGUUCCAUGAGGCAGACCAGGAUGGCACCAUCCUACACUCUCAGUCCGGCGCAAGCAGCUGCUACUAUCAAGGCCAUGUUGACACGGCUGGUGUGGAUAGGUCGGCAACGUGGGCAGCAGUCAGCACAUGCCGUGGACUGAGUGGUAGCUUUUACGAUGGCUCCGAGGUGUACGUUGUGGAGCCGGUGAGGAAGAGUGAUCGAAGUACUGUCCAGGACAAGCACUUUCUCUACAAACUGUCGGAGAUCGAGUCCGUGCACGAACACACGGAGUGUGGUCAUCCUCAUCUACAUAGCAAGAACGUAACGGAAUACAGGAAAUCAUCACUGAAGACGCUGGAAGAGCUUUCCCAUCCGAGAAGAGUUGCACGUCAGGCUCAGUGGGACGGAUGGAGAUUCGUGGAGCUCAUGUUCGUGGUCGACAAUAACAUGAUUGAAGUUCUUGGAGGUCGGAACAACAUUCAGGACUUUGUCUUGCAAGCUGCUAAUAUUAUGGACAUGAUUUACAAGCAGAUUCAAGUGCGCAUCGCACUGACCACCGUGGUUCUCUGGAGUCGUGGUAACCCUAUUCGCAUCACCACCGACCCGAAGGAGACCCUCAACACGUUCCUGUCGUAUCGAGAGAAGAACUGGCUGCGCACAAGUAACACACCACAUGACAAUGCCCAGUUGAUCAGUGCUACAGACUUUGCCGGUGCAACCGUGGGAUUGGGACGACUCAACUCCAUGUGCUCCACGACCGGGUCUGGCGGUAUAAGUCAGCACAAGCGUGGACACCCAGCGACAAUGGUUGCGACCGUUGUUGCACAUGAGAUGGGUCACAAUCUUAACAUGCAGCAUGAUGAUGGGCGUGCAUGUAAUGACUGCCCUCGGACCAAACCAUGCCUAAUGGCCGCCACUGCUGGGCCCCGCUCAACGCACCAGUUCAGCCGCUGCAGUCGUGAAGACAAGGACUCGCUGAUCAAUGCUGGCGGCGCUCACUGUUUGUCAAAUCGACCAACAAAGCUAUUUGCUGACCCUGUGUGCGGCAAUGGAUUCAAAGAAGCCGGCGAGGAGUGUGAUUGUGGCAGUGAGCGGGAGUGUGUGGAUAGAUGCUGUGAUGCAAGAUCUUGCAGACUGACCCAGGGCAGUCAAUGUGCUGGUGGUGAUUGUUGUCAGAACUGCCAGUUCAUGAGAGCUGGCUCCCGUUGUAGACAGAAAAAGAACACAUGUGACUUGGAGGAAUUCUGCACAGGUGUCAGUGCUGAGUGUCCAGACGACAGUGUGUAUCGCAACGGCUUGCCAUGUUCACUCAGUCCACUGCCAGGAAACGCCUACUGCUGGAAUGGAGAGUGUUUGACAAUAACCACUCAGUGCCAAUCAUUGUGGGGACCACAGGGUGAGCAGGCGCAUGACUUGUGCUAUGAUCGUCUCAACGUGGUCGGUAACCAGUUUGGAAACUGUGGAAAGCGGGGAAGCAACUACUUACCCUGCGGACAAAAGGAUGUAUUGUGCGGCCAGCUCCAGUGUAACGUUCCGCCCAGUGUACGCUACCCAGUCAUAGGGUUGAGCAAAACAGCACGACAGGUUACCUAUCAACUGGGAAAUCAACGAAUUACUUGCAGACAAGCUAGUGUUGAUCUCGGCGCUGAUAUUCCUGAUCCUGGGCUGACGGUUGAUGGCACUGUCUGUGGACGGGCGCAGGUUUGCAUGAGCAAGCAGUGCAUCUCGGUGAACUCGAUACGCAAUGCACGCUGUCCGACGGGGCCAUCCGGCCUGGAGUGCUCGGGACGUGGGGUGUGUGAUGAUCGACUUCGAUGUCAUUGCCGAGCCGGAUUCUAUCCACCCCACUGCGGGGCUACACGUCCACCUCCUGGCAGUGUGCAACCUACGUAUCCUGGAUUGUCGACAUCAUUCGUUGAGAACCCCCUGCUCGAUCCCAAUGCACCCCACGGGUUGGGCAACCCGGACGUGACCCAGCCCGAUGGGUCGGGGGACUCUGCCCCGGGCGGGUCGCCCCGUCGCCUCAGCACGGGAAUGAUGGCGGGUAUCGGGCUGGGCGCCCUGUUCUUUCUGAUGGUGAUACUGGUGCUGUGCUGUCCCGGCUGUGUAUUCGCCAAGUGUCCUGGCUGUCGGCCCAAGUGCCUCGGCGGGGCUGAUGCUCCCCCGCCAGCUAAUCGAACGCGGUUUGAUCAAUUUGAUCGCAAACAACCGCCACCGACCUCCUCUGCCAACCUGCCUAAUAACAGUAGAUUGAAAGCACAGCAGAAUGCACAGCGAAAGGUCCCCGAUACCCGGCUUCUACCGGUUGGUUCUGGUUUGGCGGCACCAGCACCGUCAAGACAGCCACAUGGACUAAACAGUAAGCCGCCGCAGCGGGAACUUCGCUCGGCGCUGAAGCGACCCAACACCGAUCCGCCCGCUCUGCCAGGCCGCGCCAAGGGACCCCUACACAGACCACCAAUUGCACCUCCAAACUCGGCACCACCUCGCCCUGUGCCCAGGAAAAGGUAGUCACAAACUAGUCGCCACCAUAGAUAGUCAAACCUGAAUAAUUCCACAAAUUCUGCAAAAUUCCAGCGUUUUGCACUUGAAACUGAGAUUUCGAUCAUUUCCCCGUCUUUCUAGCAUAUCUCCGAUGUGAACUUAGGAUUAGGAUUAGGUUUGAUGUUAUGCUGCCAGUGUUUAUGUAGCUUGAGGGACACAGGGCACGCAAGUGCAAGUGCUGCUCAUGUAAGCACUUCCUUUUGCCAGCGCUGUCCCGGUUACCUAUCCAGCAGUGUGCCUGUGUCUGUUCCUACUCUGUUCAGCACCUCUCCUGUGUGUACACUGCAUUGUGCACUAGUGCCUGAGUUAUCCAGUGGACACGUUGCCCCCCCCCCCCCCCCCACACACACACACAGAUACACACACUUGGUAUUGAACACCCGUACAACAAGAAUACAUCAAGAAGUAUUCUGAAAGUCAGCUACUAUGAAAUGGCUGUUGAUAUUGUAUGUAUGAUUAUUGAUCGAAAACUGUGCUUUGUCAGCAAUGCUGCAACUCCGUGUAAUUUAAUAUUCUGUUUCCAAGGGACAGGAGUUCUGGAAUUUCAAGAAUAGAUGGCAUUAUGUGUUUGAAGCUAUGAGCGUUGGAAGAUUUAAUGUUACUUGAUGAAUUGCAUGGCAUGCGUGUUUUAGGGGAGAUUCCCCAGUAUGGAAUUUAUUGACAUCAUUUUAAGUAAGUUACCAGUG